CCAUAUUGGCAUGGUGCGACAUGCGCAGAUUGGACGACUGGUCCGGGCCAACAAACGUCCGACGGAUUACGCCUACGUCAUCAUGUGUCAAUCAUUCUGCACGGUUUAAAAACCUUAUACAAAAGAGAACGCCGACAGUGUUCUUACAAUACGGUGUGAUCGCAUACACGGAACGGCAGCAGUCAACCUUAUUGGCACCUUCAUCCGAGGAUGAAGACGAAAUGACGACGGGUGAAAGGACGAACCGACAGGGGGAAAGAGCGCCUUCCUUAUCCGUUCACAAAAUGCCGCGGCCAAGCUACGAAGUCGAUAGCGUAUCGCUUUCCACGGACCCAAAGGUUACCGAAUCGUUCUGAGACUAUCUUAAUGGCAGGAUAGAUCGUUUGAUACUAUGGCCGAGUCGUAAAGGCUAUUGCUCUGCCCUCCAUCCCUUCUUCCAUACCGCUUUCCACCCCGCGCUCCCUCUGCGUUCCGCAGCUGAGAAAGCUGGCUUAGCGCCACCCGGAUGCUUCUAUCCUCGUGCCUCUAUACGCACCUCGUUCGUACCCUCAGAAAUGUCGACAUAGAGUAUUGGUAUACUCAAUCUAAUCCUAUUCAGUAGGACAUAAUUAAUUAUCACCGAUAUCCUGGAUUAUUCUCUAAAUCCGACUAAGUAAUGAACAGAUAUUUACUAAGAGAUGUAACUCAAGAAAAUAUUAUUUUGUUUCUUUUACGAUCGGUAUUUUUUCCAAUCAUAAGUAACAAAAUAUAUUUAAAUGUAAAAUAUUAUAAAUAUUAUCUUAAUUCUGUGUUGUUUAACAUAAUUUAUAUUUUACCUUUAAUUUGAACGCAUGACAUUAUUUCCAUAAUAUUACCAGAGUUGUAAUUUACACAAAUUUAUAACGAAAUAUGUUAUAUAUUUUGAUAUUAUAUUUA